AUGUGUGAGGGUCCUGGCCACAGCGGGAGGACCAGAUCGAGCACUGACCUCUGCAGAGACCUCGGCAUCUCUCCUGGUCCGGCUUUGGGAGAGCCACUGCGCUGUCACCGUCUGUCCCCUGGGCAGCCCUGCAACGGGAACAACAAACAGGACAUGAAUAACUUGUCGUCUUUGGGGUACAAGACACGGGCUACAUUAAAACCUGAUGCCGUCCCAACAGUCUUCAAACGAAAGAAGCCGAGCGAGGCUUCCCCGACUCCCGCAAGGACGGACAGACGCACACUUCUGACCCACAAGCUCGAACACCGCAGGUCAAAUGAGGUCACCUCAAGCGUAGCUAUGGAGAAAGAAGGUUUACUCCGAGCAUUAGAUCAGCUCAACAGAAAUGACGUUGUCAUCAAGGAGUUGGUUACAGAUAGGCAUCUAUCAAUUCGCAAAAUGAUGAGAGAAACAAAGCCUGAUAUAAAGCACAGUGUUGACGUCUGGCAUCUUGACAAAGGUUUAGGAAAGAAGCUUCUUGCAGUCAGUAAAGAGAGAGACCGUGGUCUUGUCAGUGAAUGGAAACAGUCCAUCUCAAAGCACAUCUAUUAG